AUGUUGCAUUUCGGGUCAGUGGAGCUGGCAAUCGCUAAUUUGACCAAGUGGUAUGGUCUGUCAGGUAAGGGGUCUGCCGCUGCUUAUCAUUGUUUUCGUCCAAGGGCUGCUCCUCGCCCUUGGGCGAAUGUGGUCUGGUGUGCUAGUAUUACACCGAAGCACUCGUUUAUUUUGUGGCUUGGUAUUCUGUCCAAGCUCAGGACUAGGAAUCGAAUCAAGUACUUGAAGGUUGAAGAGUCGUGCAUUUUUUGUACGGAAAAGGAAACUGUGGUGCAUUUGUUUUUCGGAUGCACGUUUACUUUUAACGUUUGGAGCAUUGUUCGGGAAUUCGAAUGGAUUGGCUUCCCUCGGGCUGCAACUACGCUCAAGAGUGCUUUGAAAUGGCUGAAGAAGGAGGCUCGUGGCUCAUGUUGGCGGCAAAAAGCGAAGAAGGUGGCUCUUGCUUGCACUGUGUAUCAGAUUUGGAGUGCUCGCAACCGGAAAAUUUUUGAGAACGAGACGCCUAGGAUAGCAGAGAUGGUGCUCAAGAUCAAGAUACACGUUUACAAGACGGUUUUUGCCUUGUUUCCGCAAUCAGCUUUGCAAAUCGUGCAUCCCUGA